UCGCGCGCUUGCACUCUCAGCGGUGAGUGGAGUUUGUAAAUCGUGUGUAAAUAUCUCCGUGGAAAACGUCUCCUUUCGCUCCUGUUUCGAUCAAAACGGGAGCCUCUUCCCGUCGCCGACAUACGCGUCCGUUAUCUCAGCGGAUUCAUCGAUCGCUUCGAACAACAGACAGUGCUCCGUCGUUAAAACCAAACGAAAAUAAUAAAAAGGAAAUAAAAAUAAAGUAAGCACGGACGGGUGCCGCGAAACCUCGGACCGUCGUUCCCCUUUCACCGACACGGCGCGUCCGUAUCGUCGACGGAGUGAGACCGUGCGAGAGUGACAGGGAUAGAGACAAGUGGUUCAGCGGGAUACGUGGGGCGGGCGGGGGGGGUGGUGGUGGUGGUGGUGGUGUGCGGGGUGGUGCGACGAGAGGGAAUCGACGAAAACGACGCAAACGACGCGGACGACGUCGGCUCGCCGUGGUUUCGCGAGGCGAGCCCGGCCCAACCGGUGAUAUUGUGUUUCACCAUUGCGAUUGUGCGCCGUGGAAAUCCACAUAGAUUCGAUUAUUAUUGGGGAGCAGUGACGUGUGAUACACGUGUUUGUAACCUUGUGCAAAGUGUUUUUAACCGGAGCGUACCAAGGGACCGUGUCAGUGGCGGACCAUCCCGGGAUUUCACGGUGUUCGACUCGUCGUUAUAUGGUGGUGGACGAGCAUCGAGGGGCGGAGGGGGUGUCAGUUCAUCUCAGGGCGAUGUGGUAUACAGGCGGGAAAGCUCGAGGAGGUGAUAACGACUUCUGACCUUCCGUGAUAGACCCCACCGUGACGGAGAGGGCCUUGCCAUCGAUCGUCAGGUAAAAGGCUCACCAUUCAGAAGAAAACGAAGAAGAGAAGGCGGAAGAAGCAGCAGAAGAAGACGAGGAAGAAGAAACGAAGACGAAGAGACACGGCGAGACACGAAACGGGGGAAGAGAGGCGAGCUCUAAGGGGAUCGUGAGACACGCACUGGGACGAAGAACGAAAGGGGUGCGAGAAGAGGAAGGGCGGGAGAAAGAAGCCGUGAAAACCUUGAGACAAACGUACUCCCCUCCAACUCCCCCCACCGUCACCCCCACGAAACCCCUUCCCCUCCGGUGAGACAAGACCAUUCUCAGCGGCUAGGGCGUGUGCGUAUAUCGCCCCUUGACAUUUGAAAAAAAAAAAAAAAAACAAACUUCUACCUUGAGAACAUAUACCUCGUACGAACAAGUACCUUCAAACUGAAAAACCUCUUUCGCAGCGCAAUAGUGCCUAGGCCCCUCCGAAGGAACGCGACUACAAAUAAAAUAAUUAAAAGUAAAAAAAAAAAAAAUUAAAGUAAAUAAUAAAUACAGAUAAUAUUGUUAACGGUUGAAUGACGGUUAUAUACAUAUACAAUACAGAGAGGCGAGCGCGGGACAAAUAUAUUGAGAGCGAUCUAUAGCCCGCCAGAAGAGAAGAGUUUCAAACGUUAUUUUAUCCCGGGGAACGAGUCACGUGGGGGGCUAAGCUCUGUGUCGCCACCGUCGCUUUCACCACGUGUACGCCCGGCGCACAGGCGCGCGUAAGAACGCGUUGUGUCUUUGGACGAAGAGAAACGGAGGCGCCAGAAAGAUCCCUAUCCCGGGUGUCGUCGUGAGAUUUUAUCAGAAAUUCACGUUGGUAACGGGCGUAACCUCCCCUCUCCCUCGUCCCUCGUCCGCAGAAACCCACACCCACUUCACCCCUCCCUCCCCACCAUCCUUGCAAUCCAUAACCAAGCUCCGUUUAAUCGAUUCUACGAACCAGGACAGCGAAGUACCUGCAGACACAGAUAUAUUUAUAACAAUAAUUUAUAUAAUGAUAGCGAUACCGAGAUAGUAAUAAUAACAAUAAUAAUAAUAAUAAUAAUAUUAAUAAUAAUAAUAAUAAUAAUACAAAAUAAAUAAUAAUAUUAAUAAUAAUAACAAAACAAAAAUAUUAACGACGUUUUAGUCAUAACGAAUGGGGCGAAGAGAAUAAUAAAAUAGUAAUAAUAAGAUAGCUGACGUGACAAGUGACGUGGGAAGAGCAGUAUACCGAGGAAGACGAAGAGGAUCGUAUAACAAAGUGUGUGUGAACGAUUGAGAAAAUAAGUUCUAUACGCGCUACGGUUUAGGGUACUUCUACUAUCUGCGGUGUUAAUCUACUCGGCGGAGCCUGUUCUACUUAUAGGAUCAAAGAUACCUCAAGACAGCAACGGGGCGGGAAUUCGAUACGAGCACUAUGCACCUGCAGCCGAGGUUCGAGGCGCGUGUCAAGAAACGGUAGAGGAAGCCCCCCGCGAUCCGCGACGAAACAAUACGCCGUAGAAAGGUUGUCGAGACGGUCGAGCUCAGUCGCGAUCUAAACAAAGGAGGAGGAUUAAGGGGAACCGCCAGGGACACCUAGCCCCACCGACUCUCAAAAAGAUUCUCAACCAGGACAGACAAGGCCUGGAUUCUUCCGCGAUUAGAAAACUCACCCCAGAGACUCGUUACUUUCCAUUUGAGGCGUCAGGGUCAACCCGAGCAAGAGAUCCCCGUUCGAGACGCACCACUGCCUUUCCAAAAGCGAGGAGGAACACGAAGACGAAGGAAGAGGCGAAGGUGUCCGUCGGUUGACAGAGCGAGGAGAGUUUCAACCUCGGCGAGAUUCAUCGGAAGCAAAGGCACCAGAGGGGGGAUCCAGAGAAUCUAAACGGAAGGUCCGUUCGUCCCUGGCCCGGAGGGGUUCAACAGUCAAGGACCAGUCUGUCGGGGCAUCAUCAAAGAAGGCCGACGUGAACAGAGGUGAGCAGAGGACCCGUCACGGUGGCCAGCUUAGUGAGCGGCAACGUAGCGGUGCGUUACGAUGAGGCGACGGGAGUGGUUGGCACGGGGGGUGUCGUGUUGGCAGCCACUUCCAGGUUAGCCGCUGAUCCAGCCGCGCCCAGCAUGGACACCAGCGACUCCAGCAUGGACACGGCCAACGGUGGCUCAGCCGCUGGGGUAGCGAGCGGGGCGGGCGGGACGAUCGCCUCGGUGGUGGCAGGAGCGGCGUCCUUGACGCUGGUCAAGGCCGAGACGCCCGAGCACCUGGCAGGGACGUCCACGACGCCCUCGUCGGUCACGGGACCCGUGACCGCGGCCACCGGCCUAUUCGCCGCCAUCGCCAGCGGCAACAAACCCUCCAGACCGGACGAUUGGUUGUCCACGAAUAGUCCCGGAUCACCCUCCGCCACCUUGCAAAACCAGCACGUGGUGUACACCACCCCUCAGCAACAGCUGAGCGAGUCGCAACAACAGCAACCGCCCCUGGCGCACUCCAGCCCCCUCGCCCACCAGCAACCUGUCACCAACAACGGAUACGCCAGCCCGAUGAGCACCAGCAGCUACGAUCCUUACAGUCCCAACAGUAAGAUAGGUAGGGACGAGUUGUCGCAGCCUGGGUCUUUGAACGGUUAUGGAAGCGGGGGUGGUGGAGGCGGAGGAGGCGGCGGCACCGACGGCUGCGACGCCAGGAAGAAGAAAGGGCCCACGCCUAGGCAGCAGGAAGAGCUGUGCCUGGUCUGCGGGGACCGUGCCUCCGGGUACCACUACAACGCCCUGACCUGUGAAGGCUGCAAGGGAUUCUUCAGGCGCAGCAUCACCAAGAAUGCGGUCUAUCAGUGUAAAUACGGGAACAAUUGCGAGAUCGACAUGUACAUGCGGCGCAAGUGCCAGGAGUGUAGGCUGAAGAAGUGUCUGACCGUUGGCAUGAGGCCUGAGUGCGUUGUGCCAGAGUAUCAAUGUGCUGUCAAGCGCAAGGAGAAGAAAGCGCAGAAGGAAAAGGACAAACCGAACAGUACAACGAUGAAUGGUUCACCAGGCAGCGUGAUACGCAGCGACCAAAUGGGUGUGAAGAUUGAACCAGCGGAAGCUGAAUCCUUGUCCACGUCUGGGAGCAGUGGUAUUCUAACACCCGUCAGCCCUUUCGGCUAUGUGAAACCCAUCAGCCCUGAACAGGAGGAGCUGAUACACAGGCUCGUUUAUUUUCAAAACGAGUACGAGCAACCCAGUGAAGAGGAUCUCAAAAGGAUCACACAUCAGCCAUCAGAGGGAGAGGACAUCAGCGAUUACAAGUUCAGGCAUUUAACAGAAAUCACUAUCCUGACCGUGCAGUUAAUCGUCGAGUUCUCCAAAAGGUUACCUGGCUUUGAUGAGCUCCUGCGAGAGGAUCAGAUAGCCCUUUUGAAGGCCUGCUCCAGCGAGGUGAUGAUGCUCCGGAUGGCGAGGAAGUACGACGUACAAACAGACAGCAUAAUAUUCGCCAAUAACCAGCCGUACACCAGGGACAGCUAUAAUGUGGCAGGCAUGGGCGAGACGAUUGAAGAUCUCCUGCACUUCUGCAGGCAGAUGUAUGCCAUGAAAGUCAACAAUGCAGAGUAUGCGUUAUUAACUGCCAUUGUCAUAUUCUCAGAGCGACCAAACCUCCUGGAAGGCUGGAAAGUGGAGAAGAUCCAGGAGAUCUACCUGGAGGCGUUGAGGGCGUACGUGGACAAUCGUCGCAGGCCAAAGUCCGGGACGGUGUUCGCGAAGUUGUUGUCGGUAUUGACGGAGCUGCGGACCCUCGGUAACCAGAACAGCGAGAUGUGCUUCAGUCUGAAGUUCAAGAACAAAAAGCUGCCACUAUUCCUCGCGGAGAUCUGGGACGUGACGCCCUAGUUCCCCCGUAGCCGGUCACCGGCGCCUGCGCCGAUCGGCUAACAGUGUUUAUAGUCCCCUGCGACGUCCGAAGACGACGCUGGAGCGCGGCAACGGACGACGAAGCAAACGUGGACGUGAGAAAACGGCGUGCGCGAUACACCUUGUACUAGUGCACCACCAUGCCACUGCCUCGCCCCAGGGGCAAGCCCAGGUCGUCCCGAGCCUCGAGGCUCUUCGUCCAGGUUCUCUUCUGCGUCCGAGAGCCUCGAGGAGGCGAGACGAGCUCUUCGGAGCAGAGAUUACGAAAGGUUACGAAGGCAGUGGCGAGGCACCCAGGCUGUGAUACGUAGAGACAGUACAGAGACUGUAAUAAGGAGCUACCUACAGUUAUGUUAUUACUAUAUCCUCUACCUGGCUACCCCCGGAAUCGAUAUGUAAAUGUCUAAUGUAUAACGCGUAAGGUUCAGGCUAAGGCGCACGGGAAGAUUAAGAAUCUAAGAGAGUCAGGGAGCGUGAGAGAAAGAGAGAAUGAUUGUGUAUGCGUGCAAUUGACGGUAGGGUGAUCACCGAGUUUGGUAGGUGAUGGUCUGGGGCCAGCUGUUGAGCAGCGACCCGGCAAUCGAGUGCGAAGUAACAAACAAAAAGAAGAAUAACAAAUGAUACGAUUAUACAUAACGAUACCAUAGAGUCUAUAUCACACACAUAGCAUAAUAAUAUAUUGCUAGCAUGUACAUUGUUUAUACGAGAAAGAGGAGCGAGUUAGAAUGGGAUGGAGGAAUCGAUGGUCUUUGAAGGGUGUCGUGGAUCAGAGGUUGGGUCGAGGACUAGGCUUGGCAUUUGAGGAACGGCUGGAAACGAGGAUAGAGGAAACGUGGGAAUAACGUAGUAGAAACGUAGGAAGUAAGUAAAGUAAGUAAGCGAGGCUAGUUGGUAGUAGGUCGUAGUAAGUCAGCGAAGCUAGGCUAGGUGACCGAGUUCAAGUGCAAAGCCUUGUGCCUUCAGCAGCGGACAUCGGCUCACCGACAAAACGAAACCAUGAAAUUUAACCGUCCGUUUUAAUUUUUUAAUAUAAAGAAGAAAAAAAAAAUCAACAAAAUCAAGUAAAAUAUCGUAAAUCUGUGCGGAGAGAGAAUGAGAGAGAAUGAGAGGGAACGUGGGGUUAAUUAUUUAGAGAGAUUAGAGAGGGAGGGGGAGAGAUAGAGUGAAUGAUAACCGAGCUGGGACAGGGGGAACGAGAAAUUCACGAGAACUGGAUGCGUGAGGGUUACAAACAAAGAUCUUUUCAAAGGAGAAACACGGAACAGGGUUGCUAAGGAUGUGGAGGGAACGUUUUGGGGUUGGAAGCAGAGGAAUCAGGAGGACUAUUCGCUAGGGACUCUGAGACUCGCCUAGACCCUGUGUAAUAUGCUAGCAUUAAAAACAAAAGGUGGCUUGGAGGCUGAGAACUCCGGAUACCCGACAGCUGGGUCGCCCUCUUAGAUAGAGACUCGUAACACCACCUGAGAAUAACAAACCACGCUCUUACACACACUCAAACUAUGUACACACUCCUAAACGUUGCGUUGGCUAAACCGCAAUCCACCCGUGGUGAUCGCUGGGUGGUCAGAGCGUCAAUAAUCGUAGCCCGAUUCUGGCACACACUCACACAGAGCAUGAUACACUAAGAUUCUGGAUGUUGUAACACUGUAACUCUAUGCUAUUAACUGAUUGUACGCAAUUGUAUUCCGUAGUAGACUCCAAACGCAGGUUUUAAGCAAAAGAAAACGAUAAGAUUAACGUAACAGAAGGGUGGAAAGUCGAGAUAGCAAAGCGGACAGUCAGAUAAGAGCGUCAGUUCCACGUAUAAGAACUACCAUCGCCUAGGCCGACUAGAAACACCGUAUAUAUGUGUGUAUAUAUAUAUAUAUAUACACACACGUAUCGUGUUCUACUAUUGUAACGUUAUACCUGUUAAACGAAGCUAAAGCAAGCGACAUCGACCUCUGGAGCAGUGCGGACAGGAUGCCUCGAUAGGCACAGAAAGAUAAGGACUUAAACUCGCAAGGACUUGAACUCUUAGUAGAUUCAUCUUUGGUCAAGGACCGAAGCAUUGCUCCAGGGAUCGACUAACGCCUGCAGACGUUUCUCAAGGAACAGUCAUUUUAGAAGACCUUCGACGCCUCGGAGUGACGUGGCAGACGACUAAAUGAUAAAACGAUAAGAGAACUGUACUCUAGGUAAAACGCCGCAAGGCUGACACUGCCACACCGCAGAGUGUACGCCAGAACACCACCAAAAGAACGUUGCAAGAAGCACGGAGCAGAGCUACACGGCGGAGAGACAACCUGAGACGAGAAACGAAGAAAUAUCUCAUCACCGUCAUCAUCUUCAGACUCGACGAGAAGAUCGUACCAGGAACUGUCUCGAGGCGUUGCUGACAGGGAUCUGGGCUAAGGUCUCCAAGAGAGAUUCGACUCUCUUGGAGAAUAUUUCUGGCCACCAUCUGAGAAUAAUUAGAAAAGUUCUUGUAAAUGUAUGCUCAACGGUGUCCACUGGCUGGUAUAUCAACACUUUGUCCAUCGGAUGGCUGUUUGAGGCUUCCUAAUUCCAUCGUUGUCUAUUUACAGUGUGUAAUUUGAGGAGACGAGGCUUUUGAUACACCUAGCAGAAGUUAAUAGUUAAUAAUCAAUAUGUACCGAUAGAUACUCUUCUGAGUUGUAGAUUGUUUCUAAAUAGACCGGUGGACAAAGUCUUGGGUGGCUGCUGGUAACCGUAAGGUAAUCCUUCAACGCAGUGUUUCAACUUUUCAUGGGAUUCGAGCAAAGAUGGACAAAGUUUCAUUUAAAAUAAUUGCACAAUUAUAUAAAGAACCAGCAAAGUAGAGGAUAUCUACCGUGAAACAACCAAGGCACAAUUUGGUUUUUAACCAAAGUCCUGAAAUUGUCAGUUCUGAACGUCGUGUGUCCGACUGAAGAGAAUCUCUGGCUAGUUGGCAACACGUCGAGACAGGGGGAUACCUGAAGAGCGACUACGCAGAUAAACCAUUUUGCACGCACCUUUACUCCUCAUUGUUGUGCCACGCAUUCUUACAUCUUCCAUAUCGAGUGCUUUCAGGCAUCGUCGUUUUUGCAAGAGAAACCGUGAAAAAGGGGAGAGAGUGAAUGAAAAAGGGAAUACAAGAGGAGGAGCAAAGAAAUAUAUCGAAGACACACACACUGUGACGACAUUGCCUAUUGUAUACACAACUGAAGUAGCUUUGGACUCUAAAAUUCGUAACGAGUAAGGUUCGACGUUAAACUUCCUUUCGAUUCACUUUAGGUAAACGCUAUCUAUCUCGCUAGUUUUGCUCGUAACCCGGCACGUGGGUCAUAGGCAACGUCUCCCCUUUUUUACCUGAUGACCCACAGCUUGGGUUGUGCAGAGAUUGGUCAGAACGUUGGGGUAAAGAUUGGCAGUAACAUCGAGUAAUUGCUCAGUUGGACGGACAGAGACGAGACUCGUAUUUAAAUAACAAUUUUAAAUGAAAAAAUGUGAAGUAGUCUUUUCAUUUUGGGGCAAGAAUUUUAGGUGGGGUGCUUUCUUUGUUUGCUCUAAGGACCUGUUUCACGUUAAUAUGGUAUAUUUAUUUGUAAUAAUUCGGCGAGAUUUAUUCGCGAAUAACGAAUAAUUCAACGGUGUUUCUUCAUGAAUAACGAGUAAUUUCGACGAUUUAUUUGCGAAUAACGAGUAAUUCACCAAGGUUUAUUCGUAAAUUACGAAUAGUUUCAAGGAUUUAUUCGCGAAACGAAUAAGUCGGCGAGGUUAAUUCGCGAAUAACGAAUAAUUCAACGGUGUUUCUUCAUGAAUAACGAGUAAUUUCGACGAUUUAUUUGCGAAUAACGAGUAAUUCACCAAGAUUUGUUCGCGAAUAACGAAUAAUUUCGACGAUUUCUAGUCGUAUCUUAUUCGAAUAUUAUUCCAAGCACAAGGCCGAUCUAUACCACCACCGAUACGCGAGCAAUGGCCGUUGAAAAAGCGAAAUGGCGCGAAACUUGAACCGCCUGGAGCAAGUCCCCUCGCCCCCGUCCCCCCCACAAUCGCGUUCUGCAGGUUUCACGUCGAGACGCUCAGGAAUCAAGGUGAACCGCAUACUUCGACAAAUGAAAAACCGGUCAUACGUUACUCGGCGAGGGAACGACAGAAUGAAAGCAAAAGAAACGUGCGUAUGUGUGUGUGAGAAAGAGAGAGAGAGAGCGAGAGAGAAGAGUGGGGGUGGGGAGUGAAAGGAGGGAGCAAAAUGGAUGGCAAAGCGAGGGAGGGAGAAACCGUACACGGACAGACACACAAACACAAACACAACGCGACAUGCAAAGUCACGGAACACAGACAAAAGAAAAGAAAUAAAAUAAACAAAAACGGAGGGAAAAAAAAAAGGAAAACACGUAAUUCUACGAUCACUGCCAAUGGCGUUAACCGUUGACGUCGAUUUUCUCAUUGUCUUAAAUGUCGUAGCCGUUUAUUUCCCCGCGCCCAUUCGACGCUAACCGCUGAAAAAAAAAAGAAAAAGAGAAAAAAAAAGGACGAUUAUUAUACAAAAUAGGGAAGAGGAAAAAAGAAGAAGAUGAAGAAACGAAGACACUACCACGCGCGUGCGCAGACGACACAGAGAUGUCAAGGAUGAACCGAAGAGGACGAAAAGAAACAAAACGGAAGACAAAACCAACAAAACGAUGCGUAAAAGAGAAGCGGAAAGAAAAUGGAAAAAAAAUAACAGAUAAAAAAUAUAUUAUUAUAUACACACACUUGCGCGCUCGCUCGAUUUCGAAUUUGCCAUUCGACGAGGUAGAGCGAGCGAUUUGUUCAUGAUACUGCCAACUCGAGUUUCUGUGUUUUUUUAAGGAACAACUAUAAUACUCCUUUAAAACGUGUCGAGCCACACGUUGCAUACAAUCAGACACACAAGCACACACGCACACAUACACGCGUACACACACAUACACACACGCCGAACAUAAAAGUCACACGCGCCACGCAUGUUGUUUAAUCCUUUGUGGUCCAGAUAUUCUGACGCCCCACUGAUGUCGAGCCACGCUCGACGUACGACCGCGAGGGGUUAACGGUACCGUAGACGCGCGAUCGUGCCACGAUCUCUCUUGUCUGUCUGUUUGUCCGCUCGGGGUACCCUGAUCUGUCCGUUUCUCCUAGGUGUCUCCUUUGCCUGUGUGUACAUAGACAAUUAUUCGACGCAAUUUAUUCGCGUUCACGGUGACGAAUAACGAGGUACGAAAAUUCCAUUAAUCGCGUUCGAUUGUUAUACAGAGCUGUCAGCAAAGCUUGAUUUGCGAAUAACCGAACAAAACGUCACAGAUUUAUUCUUGAAUAACGAAUAAAGUAUCGACGUGUUUAUUCGUGAGUAACGAAUAAGACGUCUUCGUUUAUUCGAGAGCGACGAAUAACGAUUUCAUUCAUCGAUUUAUUCGAGAAAGGUUAUGAGAAAGGUUAUUCGUUGUUCUUGAAUGAUUUCAAUUUAUUCGCAACGUUUAUUCGAUUAUUUAUUCGAGAGCGACGAAUAAUGAUUUCAUUCAUCGAUUUAUUCGAGGAAGGUUAUGAGAAAGGUUAUUCGUUGUUCUUGAAUGAUUUCAAUUUAUUCGCAACGUUUAUUCGAUUAUUUAUUCGAGAGCGACGAAUAAUGGUUUCAUUCAUCGAUUUAUUCGAGGAAGGUUAUGAGAAAGGUUAUUCGUUGUUCUUGAAUGGUUUCAAUUUAUUCGCAACGUUUAUUCGACUAUUUUACUCGAGGCAGAAUGAAUUUCAUUCGAUUCGAUUUGAUUUUGAGCUUUUAUUCGUAAUUUCAUUCGAUUAAUUUUUGCAAUCGAAUAUUUAUUUAAGGAAUAAUACCAAUCACGUAUCAAAUUAGGUCACGUGGGUCAGAUUAGGUCACCGUGAACGCAGUCACCUCUCUCGUUGACCUUACAAAUAAGAGGAAAAACAAUUAUAAACACGGUCUGCGUUUGUAAUCAGCCGAACCGACGGUUGAAACGGUAUUUUCUUAUUGGAGGCAACGUCGGCCCUGCGAGAGCGAUAGAGAAAGCGAGUGUGUGUGAUUGAGACGAAGGUUCUUGUUAUUAAUCAAGAUGGAGGUCGUUUAAUUUAUUGGAAGCUGUAGAAAAAAAAGAAAAGUAAAAAAACGAAAACGGAGGAAGCUUAUACGCUGAAGAUUAUUAUAAAUAAAGUUAAAUGAUUAUACUUUGUUAUAGCA